UGCCAGUAAUGAAGAUACCUAUACAAUUUUUCUUGCAUAAAUUGUGCAUCCGUGUAUAGCAUAGCAGUAGUAUAUGUCCUUUCAUUUCAUGCUUAUUAUCCCGAGCAGGUAUGAAGAAUUCCAACUAGUUCAGUUGUCCUGAUCAUCAUGGCAGCCAAAGGGAACGACACCAAGAAACUACACACUAGCGAUCGACAGUUGCAAGUUGCCGAGAAUACCAGGAAACCAAGGAUAAGAUGGACUGCAGGGCUCCAUAAUUGCUUUGUUAAAGCUGUUGAUCGACUCGGUGGACCAUUUGAAGCGACUCCAAAAGAAAUCAUGAUGCAGAUGGACAUUCCUGAGGUUGCCGCAAGCCAUAUAAAAAGCCAUCUUCAGAAGUACAGGCUGAGAAUGGGUUGCAAUAUUGGGACGGCAGCUGAUAGCACAGUUGCAAGGAAAGCUGCAACAAACACCAUGAUUGAAGCAGAUGAUAGUAUAAGUCCUGCUGGGUGGCACACAAAUGAAGCCAUCCAAAUGAUGCAAGCACAAAGGGCUAAGUUUGAAGGGAAGAGAAAAAUCUGCAAGGAGGAGAAGAAUUUAGACAAUGUGGAUCAACAUCAAGUACAAUGUACUGGGGACAAAAACUUCCAUACAAGCACCGGACAUCAAAGAGAAAAAGGGAAAAAGAGAGCAGAAGAUGAGGAUGUUUUCCAUUUGGAAAGACAAAAUGGGCAGGAGAAGCAAAGUGAUCAUCAUCACCAACGUCCAUUAUUCAACUUGAAUGCUCCUGCUCUGGAUGAACAUGAGCCAGGCCGGGAUUGUGAAAUCAGCUUCCAUCAGCCAUUGUGAGAAAAGCAAUAUUAGUCUUUCUGGGAAUAAUCUAUUUGAAAGGUAUAUGUGCUCUAUUGUAAUCCUUAGCUCAGGGAGCUGCAAAGAGAUUAAAGAAGAAAUUUGGACAAGGCAACAAA